AUGCACCUGUUCCGUGGGCUUCUUCAGGGCGUCAAGCGGCUGGUUUAUGACGGCAGUCACACUUUCCGCUUCGUUUUCUACUACAAUCGCAUUUCUGUGUGGUGGAAGAAAUACGGCUUCGUAUCCAGCUAG